AUGGGUCGUGGGUUGUCGAUGUCCGACAUAAUAAGCAAAAUUCAAAAUUUGGAAAAGGAAAUUGUUUGUCUUCUCCUCCUCGGCCCUAGCUGCAAUUCUCAAACCAAAAACCCUAACUCACUCCGAUCUUGUCGCCGCCGCGUGGAGGAGUACGACCACCGUCAUUCGCCGUAUCUACCGAUCGUUGUAAUCGGAACAACCAUAAGAGAAAAUGAGCACGAACGUCCACAGAACCCCCAAGCAGCCGCUGUAUCGGCCCUGUGGCGGGAAAAUUUUGCCAAUUCCGAUCUCCCGCCGCCACCCGUUUUCACCCUCGAGGACCGUUAUGAUCUUUCUCCGGAGUCGGGUAUCCCGGAUUAUCCUUUGUCCCCCGAAGCAAAAUCGGACCCCAAAACGCCAUUACGCAGUUUGAGCAGGGAGUUUUCGACUCCCAAGAGCAAGUCUGAUGCGAGCACAUCUUAUGCGGGGACAAGCAAGCAGCAGAAUCAGCAGCAGCUGCAGAGCCCUAUGGCGAGUUCGAGCUGGUGGUCUCCGGCAAAGAGUGGCGGCUCCGGUGGAGGUAUUCUGGUGGAGCAAGAGGAAAAAGGGAGGGGUUCUCCUGUAGAAGGGGUGGUGCAGCCGGGUGCCUUGAUUACGCUGCCGCCUCCUAGGGAGGUGGCAAGGCCUGAGUUGAAGAGAAGUUUGGUGCCGGUAGGGAAUUUGGACGAGGAGGAGUGGGUCACUGUUUAUGGGUUUUCGCCGGCUGAUACAAAUCUUGUUCUGCGGGAGUUUGAGAAGUGUGGGGUGAUCCUCAAACAUGUUCCUGGUCCGAGAGAUGCUAAUUGGAUGCACGUUUUAUAUCAGAAUCGAUCUGAUGCACAAAAAGCACUCGGCAAAAACGGGAUGGAAAUAAACGGCGUUCUCAUCAUCGGGGUGAAGCCUGUGGACCCCAUGCAGCGCCAUGCACUAAACGAGAGGAUCAAAAGCAAUGGGUUCAUGACAAUGUUACCCCCUGCGCCUUCGAGUCGAAACUCGGAGUCAAAUGGGUUCAAAGUCAACCCUUAUCCGUACUAUUUGCAGAACAGAAGCUCGAGCGUUCGGCAACCGGCCGGGACCAUGGCCACACCGGCUAAAUCAAUGGUCUCGAAAAUUGUGGACUUGAUGUUCGGUGUCUAA